AGAGUGGAUUGUAUAAAACACGUCGAGCGAACAUCUACAGCAUUAGCAUUCGUGUACAGCUUCUUUCGCUCAGACAUGACAGGAUAUAAGGUACUCGUGUUGCUAGUUGUGGCUUCACUCUUUUUGGUUAACAUUAAGGCUCAGCUCCAAAAGGAAGGGAGCUGCCCACCGCCUGGUAUCGGUUCAUGUGUCGAAAAUUGCUUCUGGGAUUUCAAUUGUCCCGAUGAUAUGAAGUGCUGUAGUAAUGGUUGCGGACGUACGUGCAAACCUCCAGAAAAUGUUUGGCCCACCCGCAGAGGACCAUGGAUAUAGUAAUCCGUUGACAAUAGGUGCCUCAGCUUGUCCCGUUCAUCCUGAAGCCGCUGCGAGUAAAAUGUCUAGUGCCAAGCCUAUUCCUUCAAACAGUUUUGUAUUCUGCCACGUGCAUUUUUCCUCCAAAAGGUCAUUGAAAUAUAAUUUUAAAUAUGUUCGUUGAUAUUAUUUCUUCUUGAUAUUUUCAUUUUAGAAUUAAUCCUUACAUGAUUUCCUCUCUAGUACUAAGGAGUACUGUACAAAAAGACUCUUGCAUACUUACUAAAUA